AUGCGUCGGUGGUCGGGGGCACUGAUCGUCUUCCUCUACAUUUAUUCACUGCUAGCACUUCCGCAUCCGCAGGACCCCUCGAGCCAAUACCGCAACAAUCUGAUCGCCGAGCACUCACGAAAGACAUUUCGCGAAACAGACGCGGAAGAGACGAUUCAAUCGAUUUUGGACGAUAUUCCGGAAGCGACAGCCGAUACAUUUUCGACGCGACAACAGCCAAUCACGGAGCCGCUGAAGCAUUUCGCGAACGACUUUGCCGAGAGUGCGCGAGAAAAUUUAGAAAAGGGGGAAGAUGCGAACAUUUUCAAAAAGCUCUGGUACGACCCAGACUACAAAGUCCAUUCUCUAUGUGAGCCGCACAGUUCUGGCAACCAGAACGAGCAGCUUGUUUGGACAGAAUCUGGGGAUCGGCUGCUCAAAGUCAUUGGAAACGGGGUUGUCAAGGAUGGGUACAAUAUGUUUAUGGCGCCGAAUCAAGCGAGGGGAAAACGUACAGAUGUCUACGUAGCGAUGUAUAUCGAAUCCAUGUCGUCAUUUAAGGCUCAGACGAUGGAUUUCGAAAUGGACAUGUACCUGGCGAUGGGCUGGUUUGACCGUAGGCUGGCCCACAAUUGUACGCAUCCCAUUCUGGUGACGAGCAAGGUGAUCGCCGACCGCAUCUGGCACCCAGAUCUCUAUUUUGUCAACUCAAAAUUUGCAUAUCUACAGGAGGUGACAACCCCCAACUUCAUGGUGGUCGUCUACCCGGACGGGUUGGUGUUCAAAUCGGUGCGCGUGGAUGUGACCCUGUCUUGUAUGCUGGAGCUACGACUCUUUCCAAUGGACUUCCAGGAAUGCCCGAUUACCAUACAAAGCUAUGCCUUCAUCGAAAACAUUGUCAAACUAAAUUGGCAUAUCGAUCGACCGCAUUUUCCGAUCGGGUCUAAUCAGGCGAUAAAGCUAAACGAUAUGGUAAUUGUUCGGACAAGAUUCGAAGACUGUUCCGGGGCAUACCCGAUGUUUCGCGGCAGCUCCAACUGGUCGUGUAUCCAGGCGUUCAUCGUGAUGAAACGGCUCGUGUUGUUUCAUAUUAUCCAGACGUAUAUUCCGACGGGAAUGCUGGUGGUCAUCUCCUGGAUGUCAUUCUGGCUUGACCCACGAGCAUCCCCUGCCAGAAUUUCUCUAACCAUCACAUCGCUCCUCACGUUGACUACAAUGAGCAACGGUGCCCGUCAGGAUUUACCACAGGUCUCCUACAUCAAGGCGCUCGACAUUUGGCUGACAUUCUCGCAGGGGCUAAUCUUCCUCGUGCUCCUCGAGUAUUCGUUCGUCUCAUUUUACAUAACUCGUCGGGUCUUUGACUGCCAGCACCGCAAAUUCCAGCAUCAUGUGGGGAACAAUGGAAACCACAAGGCAUCGGGCGAAGACUAUAAAUGCGAAGAAUCCCCGCCGGAGAGCUACCCCUUCGCGCCUCAAGAACUUCCGGAUCCACCUCCGCCGGAACGUGUGACAGAGGAGCGUAACGGAGGGGUAUCCCUGCUGCAUCGUCGGGAUCGAUCAUCAGCUGCUGCUCAUGAGAAGACACCAUUCACCGUCACACAGGGCCUCACACAAUGCAUGACUCGCACUGCGGCUCUCGUAUCGGCUACACCGCAUGCGGCAGCCCAUAUCUACAACAAGUUCGACUUCACAAAGCCGUGCACCAAAUGUGCUCUGGAUAAUGAGCGAACGGCUAGGAAGAUUGAUCGAUAUUCUCGCAUCGCAUUCCCGUUGGUAUUUGUCAUAUUCUGCGUGGCAUAUUGGGCCUAUUACUACCUAAUAACGAGCCAGAAGGAUGAAGAGAAUAUCGAAAAACCGUUCGAG